AUCCGCCGGCACCUCCCGGGCCCGGCACUCGCCUCCGCCGCCAACUUCGGCCGGGAGUCCGCCCUCGGUGCCGCCGUUCACCGGAGCCCAGCGACGCCGCGGCAACCGAGAGGGCAGCGCCGGUAGCCUCCCCUCGUUCCCCUCUCGCUGCCAGCGGGGGGAUCGGCCCGACGCGGCGGCGGGGCCGCGGCCCCCGGGGCAGGUGCGUCCCCUCGCGGUCUCCGGCCGUCGCGACGCCGCUAGUGGGGCGCGGAGCCCCGUGCCCGCCGCGGACGCCUGCUCACCUGCCGCCGCCGCCCGGGGAUGCAGGGUGCCCCGUCCCGGCGGCCGGCUCUGCGGGAGCUGCCCCAGCGCUGCUGCCCGCAGCCCACCAUGACCGGGCCGAGGCUGGCCCUCGCCGCCGCGCUCCUCUGCAGCUGCACCUCGCCGGUGGCCGACGCCAACUCCUGGUGGUCUUUGGCCAUGAACCCCAUCCAGAGACCUGAGAUGUACAUCAUCGGCGCUCAGCCGGUGUGCAGCCAGCUGCCGGGGCUGUCCCCCGGGCAGCGCAAGCUCUGCCAGCUCUAUCAGGAGCACAUGGUGUUCAUCGGGGAAGGAGCCCGCAGUGCCAUCAAGGAGUGUCAGUAUCAGUUUCGGCAGCGGCGGUGGAACUGCAGCACGGUGGACAACACCUCUGUCUUUGGGCGCGUCAUGAAAAUAGCUGCCUCGAACGACUGUUCUCAUUGCUUGGUGUGCCGGCGCUGCCACGGCACGGGUGGCCGCGGUGCACCUGAGCUGCGGCAGGAGCUAGCUGGGGCGGUGAAAGUGGAGAGACUUCCUUUGAGCCGCAUGCUCCAGAAAAUCAGCCGUGGAGACCAGCACCUUGCGUGGUCGCAGCUGGGUGCGUGCCGGUGCCCUCCAAAGGCUGCGCGGCCCGGGCUCCCUGUCCUGGUGCCGGUGGCGGGUGGCCAGCAGGCACAGGAGGGCAGCAGAGCUCCCGCGGCGCAGCCUCGCCUGACCGCCUUUCUCUUCCCUCAGGCCGUGUACAAGCUGGCGGAUGUGGCCUGCAAGUGCCACGGCGUGUCGGGCUCCUGCAGCCUCAAGACCUGCUGGCUGCAGCUGGCCGACUUCCGCAAGGUGGGCGACCUGCUGAAGGAGAAGUACGACAGCGCCGCCGCCAUGCGCAUCAGCCGCAAGGGCAAGCUGGAGCUGGUCAACAACCGCUUCAACAUGCCCACGCAGGAGGACCUGGUCUACGUCGACCCCAGCCCAGACUACUGCCUGCGCAACGAGACCACCGGCUCCCUGGGCACCCAGGGGCGGCUGUGCAACAAGACCUCGGAGGGCAUGGAUGGGUGCGAGCUGAUGUGCUGCGGCCGGGGCUACGACCAGUUCAAGAGCGUGCAGGUGGAGCGGUGCCACUGCAAGUUCCAUUGGUGCUGCUACGUCAAGUGUAAAAAGUGCACAGAGAUCGUCGACCAGUACGUCUGUAAAUGAGAGAGAGGAGCCUCCAAAGCUACAAAUCUAUAUUAUAUAAAUCUAUAUAAAUAUAUUUUAUAUUUGUAUAAAUAAACAGAUGGUGAUAAUAA